UUGUUUCCUUUUAAUAUUUCAUGUCAUCAUACACAAUACUAUAAAAUUAAAAACCAAUUAUUUUAAGGAACAAAAAAUGGGAAAACAAUUCAGCUCCGAAUUUUAUUGAUCCAAGUACAACUAACUUUUCCAGAUUCUCUCUCAUCACCAAGGAAUGAAGAAAUUGAAUUGGGGGAGGGGAGCACUUCCUUCCCAUGUCUUCGAAUUCUGGAUAUUCAUCCAAACUCAUCAACAUUAAUUUCCGCAAAUUCCCCAGCCUCCUUGGAAAAAUGGACCGUAAUUGAUUUGGAUAUCAGAAAGAAUGGAUUCGGGCAUUGAAUGCACAUCAUUGAUUGAUGGGAUGGCUGCAGAAGACGAAUGGGAAUGGGGUAUGUCUCCAUCUCAGUUUUCAUCUUCAAAGCCAUCCCACUCCCAUAAUCAUACUCUCAUUAAUCCAAUUACAACUGUUCAUGAGCUUCUUGAAUGCCCCGUUUGCACCAAUUCUAUGUAUCCGCCUAUCCACCAGGUUUUGUUCAUUGUUUUCAAGAUUCAAUCUUGCAUUUUUGUGAUACAUUGGAUUUCUAUAUUUAUCUUCUCUGUUUAUACGCUGCUGCAGUGUCACAAUGGGCAUACCAUCUGCUCUACCUGCAAAGUCUGGGUUCACAACCGGUGCCCGACGUGUCGACAAGAGCUGGGCGACAUACGAUGUCUUGCGCUCGAAAAGGUUGCUGAAAAGCUCCACCUCCCUUGCAAAUACAUCUCUGUCGGAUGCCCGGAGAUAAUCCCGUAUUACGGCAAGCUGAAACACGAGGGCGUGUGCAAUUACCGGCCUUACAGCUGCCCGUAUGCAGGAUCCGAGUGCUUGGUUGUUGGGGAUAUCCAAUACCUCGUCGAUCACUUGAGAGAAGAACACAAAGUGGAUAUGCAUUCCGGGUGCACCUUCAACCAUCGAUAUGUCAAGUCAAACCCUCGAGAUGUCGAGAACGCAACGUGGAUGCUCACGGUGUUCAAUUGUUUUGGUCACUACUUUUGCCUUCAUUUCGAAGCUUUCCAACUCGGGAUGGCUCCAGUGUACAUGGCAUUUCUACGGCUCAUGGGAGACGAGACGGAGGCCAGGAAUUACAGCUACAGCCUGGAGGUUGGUGGAAAUGGGCGGAAGCUGACGUGGGAGGGGACUCCCCGGAGCAUACGAGACUCUCACAGGAAGGUUCGAGACAGCCAUGACGGCCUCAUCAUACAGCGCAGCAUGGCUUUGUUUUUCUCCGGAGGUGACAGGAAGGAGCUCAAGCUCCGUGUCACAGGCCGGAUAUGGAAGGAGCAACAGAACCCAGAUGCUACUUGCAUACCCAAUCUCUGCACUUAGAAAAUAUUUCACAUCUAACAAGUCUUGUUAUUAAUGGAUUUUGGGUCUGCUUAUUAUUAUAUCAAAUUUGAAGAUUUGCAUCUACCAAAUUCAUCCAGAAACACUAUCAUUGUCGACUUUUUGACUAACGAUACGAACUAGUUCACCAGCACAUUU